GAGGGAACGUAGUUGCUGCCGUAGCUGAAGAGGAAAUCAGAUAUGACUGAUAACCAUGACGUCAAUAAGGUGUCACUCUCACACCGCUGUGCCACAGCAUCACUCCGACUCUGAUUCUGACUCCGACUCUGACUCUGAGAUGGCCGUCAACAAACUCCUCAGUGUGGCGCUGCUGCUGAUCUGCCACACAAGAGCACUGUUUGGAGAUAAAGUCAGGGGGUUCGUCGUCGGGGGUCAGGACGCACCGACCGGCAGUUGGCCCUGGAUGGUCCACUUCAACAUCACUUCCGAUGGGCGCCACACGUGGCGCUGUGGCGGCACUAUCCUCGACAACUAUUGGAUACUGACUGCAGCUCACUGCUGGGACAGAAAACUCAAGCCUUAUUUGCCUAUGUCCGUGGCCUGGUUUGGCACAAACCAACUUCAGGAGGAGAACGUCCAUCGCAUGGGCGUGUACAUGGUGGUAACUCACUCCAGAUAUCAGGCAGUGGACAAAGGCUUCAUCAACGACAUCGCCCUGGUGAAGCUGCAGGGCAAGAUGAACUUUUCACAGUUCGUCCAUCCCGUCAGUCUUCCUUGUGUGGACCACGUCUUCACAUCAUCCUCCGAGUGUUGGCUCACCGGCUGGGGUAACAUCGGGAACAACGUUCCACUGCCGGAUCCAGAGGUUCUCCAGCAGGUGAAGAUUCCCAUCAUCCCUCAUAGAGUGUGUGAGAAGCACCACCCUGGUCUGACCCCCCAACAGCUGUGUGCCGGAGACAUGGCCGGAGGGAAGGACGCCUGUGAGGGGGACUACGGUGGUCCUCUGAUGUGUCAUGGUGACGCAGGGUUCGUGCAGGUGGGCAUCACCAGCUCCGGUGGUUGUGGUCUUCCAGGUCAGGUUGGUAUCUACACCAAAGUGUCCAGGUAUCUGACCUUCAUCAACGACUACGUCCCCCCGCGACGAAAGAAUCGCUGCUGAUUCUGGAGCCGUUCAAACACUGCUAUUGGCUAAUGUGCUGAUGACAUCACGGCGAGUUACAGUGUUUGCAUUUAACUCCUCUGAGAGUCUGUGUCAGAGAAUCUCUUUAUAUCCUGAAGCAUUUACUUAAAGGCACAGUUCAGAGUUUUUCACUUAUUUUGAAUAAAGUUCACAAAACAACAGAGUUCACAGUGUGCGUCCUGAUAUGCAACAACGCAGUGGUUAGCGCUAUUGCCUUACAGCAAGAAUAUCACAGAUUGAAGUCACAGAUGUAACUGACGGUCUCACUGGAGGCACGUUCACGCUCAGGUGAACACAGGUGUGAAUGUGAGUGUGAAUGGUCGUUUGUUUCCGUAUCUGACCCUUGCUGCUGUUACUUGACCUUGGAACGCUGAGUGAGUGGUUUAAAAAACACCAGACUAUAAAUGUUUUCUAAACCGUUUAUUUCAUCCCACACCAGGUAGUUAGAAAACCUUUUUAAAAAAAAUGACCUUUUUUUUUAGUUCUCAUUUCUUUAGUUUAGAAAAUGAGACCAAGCAGUUAAAACUCUGUGCUGAGCAGAAGUUGAUGGUAAAAA